AUGGCCGACAUCCAGAAGGAAACCGACGGGCCCUCGCCCCUGUCGUCCGCCGGUUACGACUUUUCUCAGCUCCCUGACUGGGACAACGACUUCGUCAACGAAGAAGGCUUUGCCGACUUCGCUCGCGCCCUUACCGCCCCCGAUACCACUUCGCCGUCGCAGGACGACUUGCUCUCCCCGGGCGCCCCGCCCAAGAAGAAAUCCGUCUUCAUCACCGCCCUCAACGACUGGCGCCCUGUACACCAGCGCGUGCGGAAGAAGAAGAAGCAGAAGCGCGCCCCGCGCCGGGGCAAGGACGAGACCAGAGAAGGUUUCGUCUACACGCUGCUGAAAUGGCCGCUCCUCUUCACUGUGUUUGGCUGGUUGUUCGUGCUGGCCGUUAGCUACCUCCUGACGCGCUUCUACAUAUUCCUAUACGAGCAUUGGGUGACCUGGCGAGGGAGGAGGGAGGCUUUGCGCCGAAAGCUGAACAACACUACGACCUAUGAAGAUUGGGUGGCUGCCGCGAAAGAGCUGGACAGACAUCUGGGCAACGAAAGCUGGAAGAAGAAAGACGACUACGCGUACUACGACAGCAAGACUAUCCGGCGCAUCAAGGACCACAUCUCCAAGCUGAGAGCCCAGGCGGAACACGAGGCAGAGAACCCUGAUGGAGAGCCGGCCAAGGCUAUAACCGAGCUGCGCGGCCUUGUCGAAGCUUGCGUGAAAAGCAACUUUGUCGGCACCGAAAACGCCCAUCUAUACAGCGAGACCUAUUAUGGCACCAAAGACCUGGUUCAGUCCUACAUUGACGAGGUUGUCGCCUCCCUUGAGUUCCUCUCCCGGACAAACGCCCUCUCUACCGAAGACAAGCGAAACCUCUUCAGACACCUGCACAACAACUUUGGUCGCACUGCACUCUGCCUAUCUGGCGGUGCUACCUUUGCUUACUACCACUUUGGUGUUGCCAAAGCUCUGAUGGACGCCAACCUGCUUCCCGACGUCAUCACCGGUACGUCCGGAGGCGCCUUAGUCGCUGCGCUUCUCGGCACUCGCACCAACGAAGAGCUCAAGCGUCUGUUGGUUCCUGCCUUGGCCAACCGUAUCACCGCCUGCCAUGAUGACACAAUGACCUGGAUCAAGAGAUGGCAAAAGACGGGCGCCCGCUUCGACUCCGUCGACUGGGCCAAGCGCUGCUCCUGGUUCACUCGCGGCAACCUCACAUUCCGUGAAGCGUAUCUACGUACUGGCCGCAUCUUGAACGUCUCCUGUGUCCCUUCUGAUCCCCACUCUCCUACUAUCCUCGCAAACUACCUGACCAGCCCGGACUGCGUCAUUUGGUCCGCUGUCAUUGCCAGUGCUGCCGUUCCCGGCAUCCUGAACCCGGUUGUCCUGAUGAAGAAGAACAAGGAGGGCAAUCUGGAGCCGUACUCCUUCGGCCACAAGUGGAAAGAUGGAAGUCUGAGAACCGAUAUCCCGCUCAAGGCACUGAACAUGCACUUCAACGUUCGUUUCAGCAUUGUCUCGCAAGUCAACCCUCACGUUAGCCUGUUUUUCUUCUCCUCACGCGGCAGUGUCGGCCGGCCGGUCACGCACCGGCGCGGCCGUGGCUGGCGCGGUGGCUUCCUCGGCAGCGCAGCAGAACAGUACCUCAAGCUCGACCUGACCAAAUGGCUCAAAGUGCUACGGCACCUCGAGCUGCUCCCCCGUCCCAUGGGCCAAGACUGGAGUGAGAUCUGGCUGCAGCGCUUCAGCGGCACCAUCACACUGUGGCCCAAGACCAUCCCCUCGGACUUCUGGCAUAUCCUCUCGGACCCGACACCGGAGCGUCUGGCCCGCAUGAUCCACGCAGGCCAGCACAGCGUCUUCCCGAAAAUGAAGUUCAUCGCCAACCGCAUGGCCAUCGAGCGCCUGGUCGAAGACGGCCGCAAGGCGAACUCCCGCCAGGGCCAGAUGGGCCGCCCCCGCGACGGCACCAUCACGUCCGUUCUUUCGGAAGAAGACCUCAAGCAGCUGCUCAUCGAGGCGCGCCGCAACAACGGCGAGGUGGCGCCCCCGCCCGAGCUCUUCUCGGGCCAGGAGUCGAGCACCGACAGUGAGGACAGCAUGUUCGACGGCGAGACGCCGGGGCUCGAGGGCCGCAGCAUCGAUGCCGCGUUUGCGAAGGCAGCGGAGACGAACAAGGCGGCCGAGUCGUCGGCGUCGGCGUACGACGCUAGCAGCAUCGGGCGGCGCCUCAGCGGCUGGUGGCAGAGUCUGAACCCG